CCGGCCGCGGCUCGUCCAGUAAUGAGACGCAGGAAGAGGUACAGGAGGACGAUGAAGCCACUCUACGGGAGUUGCUCGUAAGGUAAAGUUUUACAGAGUGAGUGAGUGAUAAGAGAGGAGGGGCAGGGGCAGGGCGUCGUCGGGCCUUAUACCUCCUCUCCCCGCCGUGUACACGUGUUACCCUCCACCUUUGGUUGUGGACAACCACUGUUGACAACAAGCAGUUCAGAGUCAAUUGAUUGGAUUGGUGGAUAAUCCAACGUACGUACAUAUGUCGUGUGCAAACAAAGCAAAGAACAAAUAGAUCUGUGAGAAUAAGACGAAAUACUGAAUCAAGAGGAAGUGAGAGUGGGGAGGCGUAGAGGCUACUGUAGUUUCGGAACACAGCCAUGGUCUCCCUACCUCCCAGUCUGCAGAAACAGGUCAGCGUUAUGAGUAUGAACUUGAGUGCCAAGCUGGACGAGCUGCAGCGGGGUGACCGCCAGCUGGAGACCACCGUCGCUCUCUGCGAGAUUCGCACGCAGCUGCAGGAACUCACGAAGAGCGUAGAGUCUUGCCAAAGCGAGGUCAGCGAGGUCAAGCGGGACAUGGUCGCGAUCAAGCAAGAUCUAGAUGCGGUGCAGCAGGUCAAGGAGGAUUUAGAAGAAUUGCGGGAGUAUGUGGAUCGACUGGAAGAACACUCCCAUCGGCGGAAACUUAGGCUCCUGGAGCAGGGACUGACGCUCUUCCUGUCGUAUGCAAUACUGGCAGCCGUAUUGGGAAUGUUGCAGUUCGGAUACAACACUGGAGUAAUUAACGCGCCUGAAGUGAAUAUAGAGAAUUUUAUGAAAGACGUAUACAAGGACAGGUACGGAGAGGACAUCUCGGACGAUUCUGUUAAGACUUUGUAUUCCGUGGCCGUGAGCAUAUUUGCGAUCGGCGGUAUGGUGGGUGGUUUCAGCGGAGGAACGAUUGCCAACAGAUUUGGCAGAAAGGGAGGCUUACUGCUAAACAACGUGCUGGGCAUCGUGGGGGCGUGCCUGAUGGGUUUUACGAAACUCGCUGAGUCUUACGAAAUGUUGUUCUUCGGACGGUUUAUUAUCGGUGUCAAUUGCGGCUUGAACACCUCGUUGGUUCCCAUGUACAUAUCGGAAAUAGCGCCACUAAACCUAAGGGGCGGCCUAGGCACGGUGAACCAGCUCGCUGUUACGGUGGGCCUCCUGGUCUCCCAGGUGCUGGGCAUCGAGCAAAUUCUUGGAACAAACGACGGUUGGCCCGUGCUCUUAGGACUAGCUAUCUGUCCUGCCAUUUUACAGCUACUGCUGCUUCCAGUUUGUCCGGAAUCUCCAAGAUAUUUGCUCAUUACUAAACAAUGGGAGGAAGAGGCUCGAAAAGCUUUGAGAAGGUUGAGAGCCAGUAACCAGGUUGAGGAAGAUAUUGAGGAAAUGAAAGCGGAGGAACGAGCUCAACAAGCUGAGUCUACGAUCUCGAUGAUGGAGCUCAUAUGCAGCCCGACUCUGAGAGCGCCUCUCGUUAUUGGCGUGGUUAUGCAACUUUCGCAACAGCUUUCGGGUAUCAAUGCCGUAUUUUAUUACUCCACGAAUCUGUUCACUAGUUCUGGUUUAACGGACGAGAGUGCCAAGUUCGCAACCAUUGGCAUAGGUGCCAUUAUGGUUAUCAUGACGCUAGUGUCUAUCCCGCUGAUGGAUAGAACGGGGAGGCGUACAUUGCACUUGUAUGGUCUUGGUGGCAUGUUUAUCUUUUCAAUAUUUAUCACGAUUUCGUUUCUCAUAAAGGAGUUUUUCGGCUAUGUGCAGGAGAUGAUCGACUGGAUGUCCUAUAUCUCGGUGGUGUCAACUCUGGGCUUCGUUGUGUUCUUCGCGGUGGGACCCGGAUCCAUCCCCUGGAUGAUCACGGCGGAGCUGUUCUCGCAGGGCCCCAGACCCGCCGCCAUGUCAAUCGCGGUUCUCAUCAACUGGUUGGCUAAUUUUUUGGUUGGCAUCGGUUUUCCAAGCAUGAAGACUAGCCUUGAAAACUACACGUUCCUACCGUUCAGUGCAUUUCUAGCCAUCUUCUGGAUCUUCACGUACAAGAAGGUUCCCGAGACCAAGAAUAAAACGUUCGAAGAGAUUCUAGCUUUAUUCAGACACGGUAACGACAGGAGCAGCUUGCGGGACAGCAGACUUUAUGGGGAAGAGGAGCUCGCCACUAACUCUAGCAGGGAGACCGUCCUAUCUGACGCCACCACUGCCAACCAUACCCACGCUACCGAUAGACUAUAAAUCUGAGCAAUGAGAGCAUUCUAAUCAGCAAUCGAUUUGGAUAUAUAGUAUUAUUCGUUUUCGAAAAAGAAAAGACUAAGAUAUAUAUUGAUAGUUUACACACAGACGACUCUUGGCGUUUCUCUAGCCGGGGGGACGGGAAGGGGAAAGAACUAUUAUCGAUCACACUGUUAUAUCGGACGAGAGUUCUAGUGCACUUGAUUAUAGCGCGAAAGUCUGUUAAUCGAUAAAAAUUCGCACUGUGUGUUAAUUCGCACCGUACACUACAAGAUUCGAAAAGACUCGAAGACUUUUAGCGCAUUAUUAGUAUUAUUAUGAUUAUAUAUAUAUAUAUAUUAUGAUUAUAUAUAUAUAUAUAUAUGUAUAUUAUAUAUACAUGAUAUUUACGAAUAUUUCGGCAUCACCGGACAAAACUAUAACGUUUCAUGUUGUAAAAUAAAAAAUCUGUUUGUUUAUUUAAUUACUCGGAUUGAGUUUCUUUCUUUCCACUUUCGCGUUUGCGCAAGCGUGUGCCUUAUAUGCGGAAAAAACGACCGAGUUCGAGACUUCGAUUUCUCGCGCGCAACACUUUUCGCGACGCGCGAGAAGUCGUCAUCCUCUCCGCGCCGAACUCUACUUAACUUUACGUGUGUGUGUCGUAAUUUUUGUUUUUUCUUUCUUUUUUUUUUUUU